GAUUGGCAGUACCACUAUAUGCAUUGGAAUGAUACAAUAGAGAUAGAUAGUAGACAGGGUAGGGUAGACAUGGAAACGGCUCAACAAUAAAUAGAGACGUCAAAUUAAAGCAAUGAAAAUCGCCACUGUGGCCUUUUAUGGUUGUACCCUGGGGCUUUUGGCGAUGGGGCUACGUGAGCUGCUAUCGGGGUUCGAGGAAAACAGAUGCAGCAUGACCUACAUGUUCGAAUACCCUGAGUACCGGCGUGUGCACCUGCCCCAGCGCGUGGCUCAGCGGUAUCCGGGAUACGGGCUUUACCUGUACGGAGAGGGCCUCUACGCUCAGGAGACGCGGGGCCUGAAGCUAAGUGGCGCCCCUGUCCUCUUUCUCCCAGGAAAUGCAGGCAGCUACAAGCAAGCUCGGUCCCUGGGUUCAGUGGCCCUUCGGAAAGCAGAAGCCAUGGAUAACAAGUUGCACCUAAACGUUUUCACUGUUGACUUCAACGAGGAGCUGGUGGCGCUGUACGGCGGGAGCCUGUACAGGCAGACGCACUUCCUGCACGAGUGCAUCAAGGCCAUCCUGCGGCUGUACAGGAAGCAGGCCCAGCCCCCGCGGAGCGUGGUGCUGGUGGGACACUCCAUGGGGGGCGUGGUGGCCCGGGCGCUCUUCACCUUGCCCCGCUUCAGCCCCCAGCUGGUCAGCCUCAUCCUGACCCAGGCGUCCCCCCACAGCGCCCCCGUGCUGCCCCUGGACACCCAGCUGCUCGAGUUUUACUCUGCAGUGAAGGGCCGCUGGUACAGUGGUGCGACGGACGUGCACAACGUGACGGUGCUAUCAGUUGGGGGCGGCUACCGUGACUACCAGGUGCGCUCAGGCCUGACUGCCCUGCCCUGUCCAGCGGGGGACCCCAACAAGCUCUCCCUAGUGGCCACAGCUGUCCCCAGGACUUGGGUGUCAACGGACCACCUCUCCAUUGUGUGGUGCAAGGAGUUGGUUCUUGCUACGGUACGGGCAUUCUUUGACCUCAUCGAUCCAGACACAAGACAGUUCACAGAUGACCCUGUGCUGAGAAUGACUGUGCUGAGGCAUCACUUCGUCAGGCACCCUGUGCGGCUGCUGGGAGUCCAGGAGGACACUCACAUCAGAUUCUCCGGUCCUGCCGACGCCUGGACGGAGGUGAACACGCUGCGACUGGCCUACAGCAGCCCUAAGGAGCCGCGAGUGAAGUACUUCCUCUUCGCCCUCUCCAGUCGCAGAAAAGCCUACAGCCACUUCUACUGUCGCAGCAGCAACCUGGAGGUGACAAGCUGGCUCUAUGGCUGCACUCGGAUGGAGGGCUCCAUGUGUGUGCAGGGUGUAGACCUUUCCUGGGAAACAGAGCUGCUACCGGCCUACAAGGCAAUUACAGUGAAGCUCAGCGAUCUAUCCUCCAUCUCUCACCUGGUCAUUGGUGCCUCCAACCUCAGUGGGAAGCAGUUCAGCGUGGAGUGCGAGUGGCUCAUCCUGGAGUCUCGGACCGUGACCGUACCUGUCCCUCAUGUGCUGUCCUUCGGUUUGACGGUCAGUGAUGUCACUCUGAGCUCAUCUGGGCUGUUUCACAACAUUCAGCUUCAGCACUUCCACCAGGUCUAUCAGGCUUUCAGGAUCACCAUCGUGGGCCAGUGCAAAGCUGCCAAAGACAGACUGCCCAGUGUGUACAGACUGACAGUGCCGUGGUUCAGAGAAGAUUCCUUCAGUACAGCCAGUUUACCGUCGGUUACAGAGAUUGCAGCCAUGCUGCACACCAGUCGCCCAGGCAACACAUCCAGCGCUCUGCUUCAACUCCACACAGCCCCCAACUGCCAGUACAAGAUCUUUGUGAGGACCUCCUUUCCCAAGGUGCUGGGGCAGGUCCUGAGGUUCUGUGGAUCCACCCUGCCUGUCUACACUGCAGUGGGGCUUCUGCUGGCUUUAGAGGGACAGCUGAAGGCCCUUGUGAGGACUGGUCAUCCUGUGAAGAUGAGCGAGGCUGUGGGCGGAGUUGCUCUGCCCAUUAAGGUGGAGCUGCCCGUCUACCUACUGCACCUGCUGCUCAGGCUCAGCUGGUUCCAGGAGGGUUGGACAGCUCUCUGGCUCCCCCCUGUGGACGGCCUGCCGCUGUCGUCGCUGGACGCUGGAGGCGGGGACUCGGAGCCCUCUGAUUGGCCGGCCCCUGAGGAGGAAUGGACCCGCCUCCUGUCGCUGGUCUUGUGUGUGCUGGGGGUCACCGUGGCCUUCUGGGGCAGCACCCUGCUCCAGCUCUUCCUCCGGAUGCUCUCCCUGGUCCUGGCCCCGUUGCACAGGCCCAGUGCGUCCCGGGACGGGGGAACGCUACACCCCUGGCUCCAGCUGCUGCUCAUCCCCUCCCUGGGUCUGCUGGGCUGGGCCACCUGCGGGGCCCUGGCCCUCACCGCCGCCUUCCUGCUCCACCUGUACCGGGUGCUUCGGCUGCAGAUGUCAAAGCGGACGCUGGAGAACGUUUUGAACCUGGCUCCCCAGCAGCAGAACGGCGAGAAAGAGAAAGACUCAGGGGACGCUGUGGGUCAGAGCUGCUCAAAAGAAUGUAACGGCGCCCCCCUGCUGUCGGAGUCAGCGCUGCAGGAGGUGACAGAUGACCUGCAGCUGCACCUGAGUCUGUCUGCUUUACUGACUGUGCCCCUGAUGCUGAACGCUCCAUCACUGCUCCACUGGGCCCGGAGCCUGAGGUAUUCUGUACGGUUGGAUCCUGACCCCUGCUGGCCAUUUGCACUUCCUCUGCUCACCGCCACUACUCUGUUAGUCAACUGCAACACACUAAUACUGCGCCGCAGUAAACUGCUGGCCCUGAGCUCCCACAUCCUGCUGCCCCUGUGCAUCGCCAUGGUGACCUUCUCCAUGCUACAUCUCUACCGUGUGACACACUUUCUGUGCGUGCCGCUGGCCCUACUGGCCCUGGCCUGGCGCCUGUGAGACUCCGCCUCCCGCACCUGUAUAGGCUCCGCCUACAGAGACGGGCUCUCUGCACAGCGGGGUCAGGGGGGCGGGACCACCCGCCAUGCUUCUCUGCGGGGCCCUGUGGGGGACGACGGGAAUCUCUGUGGAGUUACCCUGCGCCCCAACCCACCCCCCGUCUCAUGAUGUCACUCCUGGGGAUUCCCAACAGGGUAUUAUUAUUAUUAUUAUUAUUAUUAUUAUUAUUAUAAUUGUACAUUAAUUUAUCUAUUCCAAUAUCAUGUUGUUAUUGGUAUUGUGACGUGGCUGUGUUAUGUUAAUAAUCUGGUCGUUGGGAGAGACUUUAGUGUCUCUCUCCGUAAGUCCCUACUUGUAACCCAGCACUGCCAUCCUUACCAGGCGCUUCAUCGCUGUCACCGCAGAUGCUCUAUGUGCAAACCAGAUGGUCAGCUCCUGCAUCCCUUUCUCUGUACUUCCUUGUCCAGUAAGGUUCUGGUUGGCAGCAGGUGGUUCCUCUGCCAUCUGCUUUGCUGUGGUAGCUGCGUAUGUUCUGAAUACAGCCAUGCCCAUCGUGAAUAUUCAUAAUGAACCAGCAAAUUGGAACACUUGCAGCUUUAUCAGUGGCAAGGACAGAACUUUCAUUGUGAAAAAUAUGGAGCUGACCAUCUGGCUGCAAUAGAUGAUCUGUGCUGUCACCUCAGUGGCCAAACACUCUUAGCCUUAAGCAAUCAUCACUACUCAAAGCAACAGAAUGGAAGCAGUUGGAAUCUUGGCUGCAUUGUACCAAGUGACUUCGGAACCCGGAAGUAUGGAAAGAGCAGGAAGGUGAACCUGUCUGAUACCCAAAAUCCACCUGCCCCCACUGUCCACCUGCACAUCCUGAAACAAGCACAACUAGAUGCCACAAACUAGCCAGCUCCAAUUGUCAAGUCGAAAGUUUGGACAUGCUGAAUGUGUGGAUGAUGUUUUAGCAUCUGUUCUGAUGUCCUUACAACUCCUGACUUGCCUUUUCUCUGAAAGAGGUGUCCGUCAUUCUGAGCAGGCAGGCCACUGCCUUGCUUCUCGGCCAAUGGAAUGAGCCUGACAGAAGAUUUCUUGUUUUUAAACACCGUACUUGUUUGUUAGGCAGGCUCACUCCUCAACCCCUCAACCUUGUCCUCCUGCCUGCCCCUGCCCUCCCCCCUCCCAAACUCCCCCCUGCCCUGUGAUGAUCUGCGUGACCCUGACACUCCCUCUGCGCGCUGUGCAAACGCAGGGCGUGAGCAGGGCAUGAGCAGGGCGUUGGACAGCAUGCCCGGCAGUUUGGUCACUCUACAGGGGCAAUAUUGAGCCUUUCCAUCAAACCAGCACACUGUCACAAUGUGAAGAUACCUCCUUUCCAUGGAUUGGUUCAGCAGUUUUACCAAUCAGUUGUUAAUUCCCUUCUUAUGUCCCUUUAUAUAAAGAAACUUUCACAUCUACGAAAUGUAUUGUGAAGCGUUCAGAUUCAGUUCAAGAAAGGAAAAGCGGCCGCACAUCAAUAGAAAACUUGCUACUGGUACUUUUCCAUCGUUCACCCAGGGGUUGAAUGGCUCAAAUAUUGUGAAUUUGGUCAUUUGCCUUAAAAGUGUUUACUAGGUGCAAUAUAUUGGCCUGCUCGCACAAUGAAUUUUUCUACACCCUGUAUUCUAAGUUUGACUUGGAUGAGGGGUCUCAGGCUUGCCCUUGUAGAGCCACAGGGUGUGCAGGUGUUCACUGCUACUCAGCACUUAACUGAUCAGUCAAAGCAAGUGAUUGCACAGUUAACUCUCGGUUGCCGAUUUUGGGUGGGAAAAAAAACCUAGCCGUUUUGCCAGGCAAAACUGAAUCGUACGGGGUUAGAUGUGCAAAUAAGGUUACAACUGCUAACUUUCCUGCUGUCUGUUGCGUUAUGUGUGUGUGUGUGCGUGUGCGUGCGUACGUGCAUGCGUGUGUGCGUGCGUGAGUGAGACCCGCCUGAACAGCUGUUCUCAUGCUCCCAAGCCGCGCCUGCUACCUCACUCCCUCACGGCCACCAGGGGGCGCUACACUAGCCUGGUCCCCUGUAAUUCCCCAGCCCUCUACUUUUACAAGAAUGAGUUCCUUGUGUUGCUGUCAAUCAGUGGCUUAGUAACAGUUACUUGGUAGGCUAUUGCAGUUCUUUGUCUCUGCUCAAAAACUUUUUUUAAUCAUAUGCUGUAACAGUGUUCACUUUUACUUACGCUUCACUCCAGUUUGUCUAGCCGCUGUGCACAUAGGGGGGUGGGGGUUUCCCUCAUAUGAGCGGAGACUGAGAUGUAGACUUCCUCGGAAUGUGUGUACUAAAACCGGUGGAGAAUGAGGAAGGGACAGGAAAGUCAGUGGCAUCCAUGAGCUCUCUUAUGGUUAGCCUCCCUGGGCUGGUCCUGCAUUCUGCCAGUGGGGACUAUGCAUAUAUUAGUUUUAGUCGGGGCAGUUAUCCAGCUAGCUCACUAACCCGGAUUCAUGAUACAGGCCCUGGCCAUUCUCCUACAAGGCCUGGCGGAAAAUCCGCCGUGAUUCUGAACAGGAGUGCCGCCCAUCGCCUUUCCAUUCUCCCUCCUCAAUUACACAGCCGGUGCCUUCAUGCAGAAAUGCCCCCCACCCCACCCCACCCCAUCCGUUCAUAUUUUCAUUUGCUGGGGUGAGGCCUUCAGAUUGUUGCUUUCCUGUGUGCAUGCAGAAUAUGCAGCUCUCUGUGCAGCUCUCCAUCCACCCCCAGAGUUAACUCUUUGAGAAUACCGCUCUGUUGGAGAUAUACCAUUGCCUCAACCUGUAACCGAUGAGCGUUUGGCUCCCUGUAAUAUCGUAGCCCCUCUCCAUUUCUGGCAUUUCUGCUUCUCCUGGUUGCUAGGGUGAUACACACAUACACACCUCCGACACAGGUCUGUGUCUCCUGCACUGUGAUUGUACCUGCACCUCUGUGUGUGUGUGUGUGCCUGUGUUUGCGCAUAAGGCUAUGUGUGUGCGUGUGUACACGUAUGUGAGCGUGUGUGUGUCCAUGUCUGUGUGCAUGUGCGUAUGGUGCAGUUCCCGUGCUUUAACUUGUACGGACCCUGCCUCUGACCAAAUGUUAAUUGUGAACAAAUUUGUACAGGCCGAACUUUGUCUUAAUUUUAAAAAAAGAUUUAAAAAAAGAAAUAAAAAAACACACACACAAUGAGAUGUUUUAUAUUGAUAUGAUUGUGGUUUAUAUCAGUGCUCAAUGUGACUGUGCUGUGAUGUAGGAGAGUUGUUUACCAGCUGUUAUCAAAUGUUAAAAUUUCUGCUAACUUAGAGUGCUUCUGUGCCAGUUAUGUGUGGUUUGUGGCAUCGUUACCAUUAGGUCCAAAUGAAGUCUGCCCAAGCAAAGUCACAUAUCUGGUCUGGCUGCACCUUGUACUCCAGCCUUGCUCUGUGUGGAGCUAUGGAUACACCUAAAUGGAUGAGGAAUGAAGAAAUGAUUAUCAGAUUUUCAGGAAGAAAAAAAAAAUGUAUGGCCUGUGGUAGCUCCACAUUGUGAAUAGGACUCUCCCAUUUUCCGGCUGUCUACACUGUUUGUUUAGCACACUAGGAAAUUGCUUAUUGACCAUGUUGGAGUAAUAAGAGUGCGGAAGGCACAUCUGGUCUUCUGUGAAUGCCUUUUUUCACUGAUCUGUGUUCAGUGGUGUCUGUAGUACAAGCACACGUCGCCGUCAGCCCAGCUGAGGGCUUAUUUUAGCGUUCUACUCUAAACAGGACCCGAGGGUUGUUUUUUUUUUGUUAGUUUUGUUUUGUUUUCAGCUUCUUUGACCGCUGAUUUGGAUCUUACCAGCCUGGUCCUGUUGGGGUUCAGUUGCAGUCAAAAAUGUCCCUCUGGUAUUGCGCUUGAGAUUAAAUGUCUAUAAAUGCCUAAUAGUAUCAAUGCUGUAACUGUUUUUUCUUUUUUUACCUGAGAAUCUACCUAGCUAUAAAUCUUAAUGGCCCUCCUAUCUUCCUAUGAGCAAAUUAGUGAGGUUAUCUACUUAAGUCAUUUCCUCAUUUGUGUGUGGAGAUGGUCAGAGUACUUCUCAGUCUUUUUGCACAUGUGACCACGGCAAUUAUAAACACAAGGUGUCCUCAGGAUUACCUGACUAGGGGAAUUAUGCUGCAGGGGGAGAAAUUUUCUAAAUUUGUCAGUUGAAGAUGGGGGGGGGGGGGGCGGAGUCGAUUGAAGAUGUGAAUCUUUGCAAUUCACCUUCUGAACUGUUUUCAUUAACCUGUUUCGGUCACAAAGAUUAAAGACAUCUCUCUUUGAGCAGUAACCAUUUGGUUUAUCUGGUCAAGGUCACAUGACGAAGACACGUACUCAGUUCUCAGGUGUAAGCAUUGUUACUAAAGAUGAUGUCAGGUGGUGGUGUUUAUUUUUUUUCAUUUCACAGUUUUUAAAAUACUGUUUUUUAAGUUGACAUUUUGUGCAAUUUGUGCACACUAUUGUUGUUCCAAUGAAAGUACAAAUAAAUGAGGGAAACAA